AGCACACAAGCGAGGAGGCGGGAAUGAAUAAAGACUAGUGAUGCGCGGACGGUCAAAAAAGAGGAAAAGUCGACAGACAAAGCAGUCAAAUGUGUCUUUGUUGAGUUUCUGUUUUGGUCGUGACCUCAAGCUUGUCCAGGAUGGCUUUGAAAGGGUGGCCUUCCCCCUCCUGAGAGGACCGCGGGGCUCCCAGAGGAUCUCCUCCGCCAGGCGGGGGAUGCUCAGCCGUCUUUGAAGGCGCAUCGUCCGUCGGCAGACGCUCGCUCGCUCCCUCUCGUCGAGCCGAUUCCUGACCAACCUCCGUCCGCCAUGGGGACUGCAGAGGUCACUUUACGCAUGGACAGCAUGGAGGUGAAGGACGAGUGGCAGGACGAGGACUUCCCCAGGCCUCUACCCGAAGACGGCGAUUCCUCGUGUGGCCUCACAGACAACAGAAACAACGUCCCCAGUAGCCUGAAUGUGGGCGGCGGGUCAGCCAGGGACCAGUCCAAGCGCCGCACGCUGACCGCCCCCGACAUGAACCUGUCGCUGGAGCACAGCGAGGGCUCGCUGCUCUCCGACGACCUGGACAUCAACGUCGACGACAUCGAGACCCCCGACGACACCGACUCGCUGGACUUCGCCAGUAACGCCAACGAACUGGAGUGGGAAGACGACACCCCGGUGGCCAGCGCCAAGUGCCUCCCGGGCGAAGGCGAGGAGGAGCGCGACUCGACGGGCCGCCUGUGGCGAACGGUCGUCGUGGGCGACCAGGAGCAGCGCAUCGACAUGCAGGUCAUCAGGCCCUACCUGAGGGCGGUGACGCACGGAGGCUAUUACGGGGAAGGCCUGAAUGCCAUCAUCGUGUUCGCGGCCUGCUAUCUGCCUGACAGCAGUUGUGACGACUACUCCUACAUCAUGGAGAACCUCUUCUUGUACGUGGUGAGCAGCUUGGAGCUGCUGGUGGCCGACGACUACAUGAUCGUCUACCUGAACGGAGCCACGCCCCGCAGGAAGAUGCCCGGCAUCGGCUGGCUCAAGAGAUGCUACCAGAUGAUUGACAGGAAAUUGAGGAAGAACCUCAAGUGUCUGAUCAUUGUUCACCCGACGUGGUUCAUCCGGACCAUCCUGGCCAUCUCCAGGCCGUUCAUCAGCGUGAAGUUCCUGGACAAGAUCCGCUACGUGCACACGCUGGGCGAGCUCCGCUUGCUCAUCCCCAUGGAACACGUGCAGGUGCCCGACGGCGUGCUGCAGUACGAUGACGAGAAGGUCAAAGCCAGACUGGAGCAAGAGCAGCAAAACGCCAACUUGCCGCCGCCAAAAGAAAGGCCGAAGCCCGUGACGUCCGAGAUUGGCCGCGACAUUUGACAUUCAAAGAUUUUCGAACGGUGACAACGGCUCAAGAUGGCACGCGGCCCGACUGGAUGUGGAACACGCAAGACAAUCAUUUGUCGCUCACAUUGCGGUCAAGGAUACGGUGUACUGUAAAUACUUCAUGCAAGCUCCAAAUGAAAAGCUUUAUUGCUUUAAUGUGUACAUAUAUAUUUUUUUUUGAGGUGGGGAAAAAAGAGGUGUCUUACAUAUUUGGUUCUUAUGAAUGCCAUGUGGUUGAGUCAUGUGCAAUGAUGUCAUUAUUUUUUUGAACCCUCCGCGGACGAGGGCAGAAGUGGCAUGCCCGGUGAUGUCUAUUUUCUUUCAUUUACGUUGUUUUUGCCAGAUGGAAAUCAAUGACAAAUGAAGCUAAUUCAAAGAUGAUAAAAGUCUUCUUACUAAAAAUGGAACAUCCUGUUCGUUAUAUUUAAAAAAAAAAAAAAGAAGUCAAGAAAGAAUAAACGUGUCAUGCCGCAUGCCGUUGUAACCAUCUACUUCCCUGUAUGCAACCUUGACCCACUGGUACUUACCUCAUUCGCUGAAUGUUUUUUGGGACUUCCGGGUCGAAGUUAUAAAUAACAUAUGUGCA